AUGGAGCUCAGGUCAAUGAGGCGACUACCACUUUACAUGCACGAUAAAAAGAGAUUCAUGAACUCGCAGAAUGUCUCCACGACGAGAAAACAAAAUGGUCCUCUUCAAACUCAUUUUUACUUUCAUGAUAUUCCUUUUGCAAUCUCAUUCUCUUUAUCCGCUUUGAUUUUGAAAGCUUUAAAGAUUAAUCCUUCUUUAAAAAUCAAAGGUCAAAGUAAAACCAGAGUAAAAGAGGAGGACAAUCCACCACCAGUGAUAGUUAAAGAUGUAUGUAUCUUUCCAAAAUGUAAAUGCUUUGUCUAUUCUGUCAGUGGAUUCUUGAUAAUUCUCUUGUGUGUUGUCUGGAUUAGCCUGGUGUUUCCUUAUCCUAUGCAUGCUUCUUGCAUUGUAAAAUGGAAAUUUGAAGAUCCAUGCAAAUAUGUUAUGCAAAAAUUUAGAUCUCAAAUACUUAAUUGGUCGUCCUACAUGAACUGUGGUCCACAUAGUAGCAAAUGUUUAUAUACGCUCAAGGAACCGAAACCAAAUGAAAGUACUAUAAUUAAAGCUACUCAUUUUGUUUCAAAUAUGAAGACUAUGGAAACAAUAAAAAUUGAUUUUGAAGAAAUUAAUAAAACCUGCGUAGCAACGGGGAAAUCCGUAUCAAAUGAAUGGUUCAGAAUAUUCGAUUAUGGAAUAAAUUACUGUAAUCUACACAAUUUAGUUACUGAAAUUGGGUUUGAUAAAAGUUCAAAGUUUUUAGAACUGACGACUAAUGCAGUAUGUACCCAAUACAAUAUGGCUAAAAUACAUACUCAUCGUGAUUAAAAAUAUUAAUACACUUAUUGAUACAAAAUCCAAACAAGCAUCCAUGCCAUGUUUCAAGAAAGACACUAAGUUUAAUGGUACGAGUCCCAUAAUACGGUGCAUGGGAAUAUUUUCCUGCCUUCUACUGCAGACUGACAAUUCAAAAGAUUAACACUAAGUUUAGCAAGUUGUUCCUCGCUCAUCUCAGAGCAAGAAAUAUGAUACUGAACGAUUUGAAUUUUUACAGUAUACAGUUCAGCAUCAACCAAUCAAAAGCUCGUUUUUAUUACGUCAUUCGCGCAGUCCUUUGAAUGAACCAAUUAAAGUGCUUCCCGGUUAUUAAACUGUCUGCGCAGAUCAGUUUCGCGUCGCACGCAGUACAGCAUAUACGUUUAUCGAUGUGCUCGUCGCGAAUUAACAAUUUUUUAAAUUAAUUGUACAAAAAAUAGUGUUGAAAGUGCUCACGGAAGACAUUAAAAUACUCUGCGUCUAG